AUGGAUGAUAGCAAAACAGAGGAGUACGGCUUACAUUUGUCUCACUUCAAAGAAGAUUUCCAUAUGGCAGAAUACCGAACUGUAAAUAAUUCUCAUACAGAAUUUGUUUUUAAUGCAUUUACUGGACUUAAGGAACACAGGCGAUUACUGUUUAUUCCUUUCUUCCUGACACUGGUGUCUUCUCUUGUGGGCAACACCCUGCUGAUUUUCAUUAUCAAAACACAGAGAAGUUUACACUCUCCUAUGUAUGUUUUGAUAGCUGCCAUUGCAUGUGUAGAUCUUAGUGUGCCAAUAAUUAUUGUUCCUAAAAUGUUACUCGGCUUUUUAUUUGACUGGAAUGAAAUUUCUCUGUCUGGUUGCCUGCUUCAAAUGUUUUUCACAUAUUUUGUAUGCUCGUUCCAGUCCACUAUUCUGCUCUGGAUGUCCUUGGACCGUUAUGUUGCCAUAUGUAUUCCUCUGCGCUACAGUGACUACAUGAAUAACUCCACCAUUUUUAAACUCUUUGUGGCUGCUGUUUUGAGAAAUGGCUCAUUUGUUUUGAUUAUAGUCAUCUUAGCUAGUCGUCUGAACUUUUGCUUAUCAAAUGUUAUUGAUCAUUGCUUUUGUGAGCACAUGGCUCUGGUGAACUUGGCUUGUGGCGAUACGACCAGGAACAGCAUUGUGGGAUUGAUUGCAGUCUUCUGCAUACCAAGUAUUGACGUUGUGUUCAUAGUAAUCUCCUACGUCAAAAUUUUCUUUGUAGUUUCAAAAAUGGCUUCAGGAAAGUCUCGUCAAAAAGCCAUCCACACUUGUGGCACCCAUCUUAUAGUCAUAGGCACAUCUUAUGUCUUUACUAUGAUGCCAUUGCUGGCUUACAGGAUUAAGAGUUCAAUGUCUACUGACAUCCGUGUCCUGUUAAGUAUAAUGUAUCUUCUUUUCCCCAGCUUUUUUAAUCCUUUAAUUUAUGGUAUCAGAACAAAAGAAAUAAAAGAACAGAUUCUGAAAAUAUUUCAGAAGAGCUGCUCCAUCAUCGAUUAA